AUGCCUCGGGGUCAGAAGAGUAAGCUCCGUGCCCGUGAGAAACGCCGCCAGGCUCAAGGUGAGACGCGUCUCCAGGGUGCUCAGGCUACUGCAACCAAGGAGAAAAUAUCCUCCUCAUCCUCUUCUCAUUUGGGGGAUAUUACUGAGAAUGAGUCACCUGCUAGGUCACGUAGCACUCUCAAGAAGCCUCGGCGAGCCCCAUCCACCAAUGUGUCCGUAGAUGUUUCUCACACAAGAUCAUGUGAAGAAGCCGACAGUAAAAUUGAGAAAAAGCCAAGUCCCACCCAGGCCCCACCCUCCACUACGCAGUCUCGUAGAAGCCCUCUAACCAAGACGAUAAAUACUUUGGUGAAUUUCCUAAUACACAUGUACAAAAUGAAAAAGCAAGUUACGAAAACAGGUAUACUGAAGUUCAUCAAUAAAAGGCACAAGAAACAUUUCCCUGAAAUCCUCAGACAAGCUUCUUUCAGCCUAGAGGUGGUAUUUGGUAUUGACUUAAAGAAAGUCGAUUCUCCCAAGCACUCCUAUGCCCUUGUCAGCAAAAUGGACCUCCCCUACCGUGGGAUGUUGAGUCGUGGCAAGGGUUUUCCCAAGACUGGCCUCCUGAUGAAUCUCCUGGGCGUGAUCUUCAUGAACGGCAACUGUGCCAGUGAGGAAAUGAUCUGGAAUUUCCUGAAUAAGAUGAAAAUAUAUGAUGGGAAGAGACACUUCCUAUUUGGGGAGCCUAGGAAGCUCAUUACCCAAGAUUUGGUGAAGCUUAAAUACCUGGAGUACCGGCAGGUGCCCAACAGUGAUCCUGCACGCUAUGAAUUCCUGUGGGGUCCAAGAGCCCAUGCUGAAACAAGCAAGAUGAAAGUCCUAGAGUUUUUGGCCAUGGUCAAUAAGACUGUCCCUAGUGCUUUCCACUUCUGGUAUGAAGAGGCUUUGAGAGAUGAGGAAGAGAGAGCCCAAGCCACAAUUACACUCAAUGAAGGCACUAAUGCCACGACUGAACGUUCCAGGGCCAUGUCCAGCAGCUCCUCCCACAACUAG